GUUGGGACCAGGACAAUCAAUAUAUAUUACACAAGAUAGAAUCUUUUAUAUGAAUAUAUAUAGGGUUUUGGGCCUUUUGUUUAUGAAAUUAUUGUUCUGAUAUCCUAGAAGACAGAGCAGCCAGCCUUUUGUGAAAGUUUUGGUAAGGUUUAUUGUACUGAGUACUGAGCCUUGUUCAGGCUUUCAGAAGUGUUUAUUUAUGAUAUAUAGUACUGGGUAGUGAAGCUUUUUAUGUGGGUUUUCUUUUCUUGUAUGUGAGAGUUGAAGAGAUGGGGUUUAUAGUUUCAGACACCAUGUAUUGCAAAGGGAAGAUUCAUCCAUGUUUGGAAAGCCAAUCAUCUGUGCCAAAGUUUCUGCCUGAGACCAUCAUUACACUGAGCAUUGCCCUGCCUCCAGAGGACCAGGAGGUUUUGUUUUACCUCAUAGCCUGUUCUCUUAAUGUCUUUUCAUAUCAGAAUCAGGGGGUCAAUAAGGGCAGCAGUAGCAGCAGAAGAGGAGGAAGCAGGCGAAGCUGUACCAGUGCCUGUGCCCCACAUAGGCUAUCUUUUGAGUGCAGUUGUUUUGAGUGUUAUAUGAGCUUCUGGGGCAGGUGGAAUGAGUCCCCAAACAGAGACCUUAUCCACAAAGCCAUUGAGAUAUUUGAGGAUCAUAUGGCAGUCAAGAAUGGGAAGAAGAUGAAGGCAAAGGAGCAGAAGUUGCAGGCCAAGCAGCUGAUCACAUGGUUGGAGUCAAACUGUGAUUUUGGGAGUGCUGGUUUUGGAAAACAGAGAGGGAUGAUGAUAGGUCAUAAGGAGGACUCUGAUGAUGGGGAAACCAACAUGGUCUGUGAUGAUGAAGGGCCCAAGAAUCUUGGUGGCUCCACUAGGAUGAAAGAGUAUAUGCAUACAGCAAGUGGGUCAGAGAGAACUUUUAUGAGGAGAAUGUUGCCUAACUUUGUGGGAUUCUUCACAUCCAAUCUCUGGACUGUGUGGGGUCCUCUGGAUCCUUGCAAAGCAUAGAAUCAUCAAUUUCCUUCUGUUUUUUUACUUUUAGUUAUGUGUUAUGCAGUCCCAGAGAGACUAGCAUAUCACUAAGAAUUUUGUAUACAGGCAAGAAUUAUAGCAGCCUAAAAGCACAGCCCAAGGGCAGUAUAGUUUGUUUUCCAAGAGUUUUGCCAAUUUGGUAUUACUUUAUAUCUUGGUUCAUUUGCAGAAUAUUUGACUAUGAAUAUAUCACUGUUUUGCAUAGUUUUUUUA